AAAGUUUAACCUGAAAAGACACAUCUUUCGGCUAACAGCAAUAUAAUCAUGAAAAUAAGAGAAGCAAACACUUUAAUUAGCACGAGCACUUUUAGUACUAAAACAAAAUGUAAAUAGUAAAGCCCAUAAUAAAAUGUUAUGAAUGGAAAUGAAUAGAGAAAGAAACAAGUUUGAUCUCCUCGAAAGCAAACAACAAAAGCAACAAACAAACAGCUCUCUCUCAAAAAAAAUUCAUAGAGAAAUAAAGACACACAAAACAAUAUUGGUCCUUUUUUUAGCUUAGCUUACAAUUUCAUUCCUAGACUUGUUCACUUCACUCCUCUUCAUUAACUUUAUCCUUUUGUCCCCUUCUUCUCUCUCCUCGAUUCUCUCUCUCUCUCUCUCUCUAUUUCUCUCUCUUCCAUUUCCAUUUCUCACAAUUAAGUCAAAUCCCCUUUCUCAAUCCCAUUAUAUAAUUCUUAUAAAAGUUUGUUACAUUACAACAACACUCCAUUGAGUAGUAGUAAAAAAGAAAAUGAAAAUGAAAAUGUUUAAUCGAAGUGAUACGAUGACUAUGAAUAAGAAACGAAGGAUGACAAGCGAGUAUUCAAUCAACGACCACCCGGACAUUCUAGUCGAGGUGUUGAAACGCCUCGACGGGAGAUCCCUAGGGGUGGCAUCCUGCGUAUGCAGACUAUGGUGUUCAAUCUCCAAGUCAGAUGAUUCGGUUUGGGAGUACGUCUGCUUUCGACACGUGUCGCCUCCUCCACGUGUUCGGACCCUUGUAUUAGCUCUUGGAGGGUAUAAGCGUCUUUACAUGGUUUGUGUUCGACCCGUACUUGGUCGGUGGGGUGGUCGUGGUCGUGGUGGUGCUGAGUUGACUCGCCGAGUUUGGUCGAGGCAAGGCGCUCAGCUUUUGCUUUCCUUAUUUUGCGUCGAUUAUUACGAGAAGUUGGGCGGCGGUGGUGCCGGUGGUCGGAGGGUUGGGAGUGAUGCGGUUCCGUCGUCUCUAAUGUUCUUGUGUAAGCCAGUUAAUGUUUGAUGAGAAAAAUAUUUGAUUUUAUGAUUUGAUUAAAUUGGAGGGAAGAUAAUUAAGUAGUUGAUCCAACGGUUCUAAUUGAUUGAGUUUAUUUAUUUUUUAAAAUAUUUUGCCCCUCAAUAAAGUGACAAAUUAGAUUCCUCCGUAAUUUAAAUAUCCAAAUUUUGUUCCUUUAUUAAUUAGUUGAAUUAUUUUCGUUUUCCAUUUAACCCCUUGUAUGAUGUACUACGGAGUAGUAAAAAAAUUCUUUUCUAUGGGUAGUGUUAUUAAUACAAAAUAAUUAAAGAAGUGAAAUUUAUUUCUGAAUUUUGAUACUUUAUGUUUUCUUUUGUACAUGGGUAAUUACCAAAAUAUGUUGUUUUGUUUAGCGGUGAAUAAUAUGAGUGGG